AUGGAGGGCAUCCUUUGGUUUGGAAUUUGCUGGCUGAUCAUAUUGGAUCCUGGGCAUGUAACAGCCAGAGCCCCCAACACAAAGGCAGGACUUGGUGAAGAAGUGGUACACAUGACUCCCAAACCUCCUCCACUGCCCACUGAAUUGCCCCAAGCAGUGGCAGAAAGAUGUAGAGGUUAUUUUGAUGUGAUGGGGCAAUGGGACCCACCAUUUAAUUGCAAUGCCAGCAGCUACUUAUACUGCUGUGGUACAUGCGGAUAUCGCUUUUGCUGCCAGUUCAAGCAUGGCAGGUUGGACCAAAGUACAUGCUCGAACUAUGAUACCCCCAACUGGGCCACUAAGGAAAAGACCCCUGCCCGUGGAGAGGAUUCAUCUGAUGACCCAAACAAGGACAAGACCAAUAUGAUUGUGUAUAUCAUCUGUGGCGUAGCUGCUCUAAUGGUUUUGGUGGGAAUCUUUACCAAGUUGGCAGUGGAGAAGACACAGAGGCCACCAACGGACAUGAAUGUGUCCAGGACACUGACGGAUCUCUUGAAGCAGCCUGUUGAUGUGGAGCUACUUAAUGAUGGACACCGCGGCAGUGUCCAGGUUCAAAUCACAGAUGUCAUCCCAAGAGUAUCUCCACGUAAUAGUAUAGAUCACACUAACUUCAACAACAUGGCCCUAAACUCCCCUCUGGUGCCACAAAUCGGUCUCUCAUUUGCUCACAACAACCGCACACUGGUACCUAGGAUUCCUAUGCAAGACCAGGAGUUUUCAACGUAUGCUACACUAAAGGCUGUGGACAAAGGAACUGAUGAUUUUUACAAAAGGCUGCCGGGGGUGGAUGUUACUGGAACCUCUCCCUGCUACCAGCCAGGGAUUUUGCAUAACCAGGACGGCUCAUCUUUGCCAGACAGCUCCUCACACAUCCUCCCCAAGUCAAAUCACAAAGUCAAAGUCACAAAGACAAACACUCAUCCCCUAGCAGGGGCUGGAGUCCAAGGAUGGGACCCAAGUAAUCAUGAUAUUCGAAGACAAGUAUAUGCCAAUAAGCGUCAGUUCAGCAUUGAAAAGCUUCCUGAACUAUUUAGCCAACAAGGUCACUACACUAAAACACCCCAACGCCAUUUCUCAGGCAACAGCAAGACAGAAGUUACUGUCUGAUAAGCACCACUGUCUUCCUUCUUUUUCUGAGGAAGAGUGAGAAACAGGUGGUCUUUUGUUCCUAAAGUUUCAGUUAUGUGAGAAUAGAAAACAGGACUAGGGGACGAAGGAGCAUCAGGAGCAAGGAGCAGCUGUGACAACUGGAGAACUAACAUUAAAUAUAUAUCCACAACACAUCUCUUAUUCUCCCCAAAUAAAAUGUAGUGUCUAUGGCUUGAGGCUGGGUCAUACCA